CAACAACAACUCGGUGCUGGGAAUUUUGGUGAUGUUUACAAAGUAAAGGACGUGGCAACUUCAAGCGAAUAUGCGUUAAAAGUUGUGGUUUGUGGCGGACAAUCGAAAAUCAGGAAAUCCGAUGUAAAGAAAGAAAUUCAAACAUUACGUAAAAUUUCCCAUCCAAACAUUAUCCAAAUCAUUGAGGCAGGUUGCUACAAAGGAACUCGCAUGCCCGGGGCUCCCACGAAAGUGUUAAUUUUAACAGAAUACUGCCCAGGCGGAAACUUGAACGACCGCCUCGAUCAAGCAAGCACCGAAGAAGUCGAUUGCAAGUGGAUUCUUCAGAUGGCAGCAGCCGUUAGCUUCCUCCACGCAAGCAGUGUUGUUCACCGCGACUUAAAGCCAGAAAAUGUGCUCCUGACCGCGAGUGAUGAUAUAAAGGUAGGCGAUUUUGGUUUAGCCCGAGAGUUUAUCUCACCUAAAGAAACCACUGCAUAGAGCAUUAAUGGCUGGGUGAUCACCUGCGCCAAACACUACAUGAACACAUUUGCUGGUAGUCUUUAUUGGAUGGCUCCUGAAGUUUUUCGUGGACACUACAAUGAGAAGGCGGAUGUAUUUUCUCUUGGAAUUCUCAUUUUCGCUAUAUUGGAAAGAAAUUUCAUU